ACUCCUCUUCUCCUCUCUUGCAGAACUGCUCAGCUGUGAGAAAAAGACAGGGCUCCUAGCUUAUAACAGCCCCAGAGGAAACAUCGAGGCUCAUGUGACUCUUCACCACCACCGGUCGGGAAAUGGAAAACUUGAUGCUCCUCUCCGGCUCCUGCAAAGUUACCACAACUCUCCUUUUGACCAUUCUGGGCUCUGCCAGAUGCCUCCCUCUUGACGAUGACGACUCCGUCUGCACCGCAGAAGAGCUGGCAAAGUACAGCAUCGUCUUCACAGGGAAAUGGAGCCAAGUGGCUUUCCCUAAGCAGUACCCGCUGUAUAGGCCACCAGCACAGUGGUCACCACUUUUGGGCGUGGUCCAUAGUUCUGACUACAACAUGUGGGGAAAGGAUGAGUUCGCCAGCAAUGGUAUGCGUGACUUCGCUGAAAGAGGUGAAACAUGGACGGUAAUGAAGGAAAUAGAAGCAGCUGGAGAAAAAAUCCAAAGUGUUCAUGGAAUCUUCUCUGCUCCUGCCAUUUCCUCUGGUACAGGUCAAACCUCUGCGGAUUUCGAAGUGCAUUCAAGACACCCCCUUGUUUCUUUUGCAGUAAGAAUUGUGCCCAGCCCGGACUGGUUCGUGGGCAUUGACAGCUUAAACCUGUGUGAAAAAGAUCACUGGACAGAGCAAAUAUCAGUGGAACUUUCCCCGUACGAUGCCGGGACUGACAGUGGCUUCACAUUUUCCUCCCCCAACUUCGCUACUAUCCCACAGGAGCCUGUUACAGAGAUCACUUGUUCUUCUCCAAGUCACCCAGCAAACUCUUUUUAUUAUCCCAAGCUUAAAAAUUUACCACCUAUUGCUCGAGUAACCAUGAUAAAACUUAAAAGAAGCAAACUGGGGUUUCCUAUUCCUCAGCCCAAUGUGACUGUGAUAGAUAAUGAAAUAGAGGACACAAUCUCGGAAACUCCCCUGGACUGCGAAACGUCGCUCUGGUCUUCGUGGGGCCUUUGUAGAGGCACAUGCGGACAUUUGGGGACGAAGAGCAGAACCCGUUACAUACAUCUGCAUCCUGCCAAUAAUGGAACACCCUGUCCAAACUUGAACGAAGAAACAGAUUGUGAGCCAGACAAUUGUGUCUGAUAUGGCUCUUUGGAACAUUAUUUAGAUAAUUUAAAUGUCAGACAUCCUUACUUCAUCUAUUUUGUGCCUGUGAAUAUGCUUAAGAGUUUAAAAUAGUUGCAAUAUUUUGUUCAUGUUAUUUGAUACUGAAUUAUGUUUGGUAUCUACAAGUAAAAGAAUUUCUUACUGUGAACCCCUGCAGCACCCCCCAGUGGUAGAAAAUUUGAGCAACUCUGUAGUUCAUUUUUCAUUCACGUACCUAGAACACGCAAGCACCCCACAUCUUCAAGAAUUCGCCUGAG